GUAAUAUUAGCAAAAGAGAGGAUUUGCAAUAAGAUGGCAGACUUUGACACUAAUCCAACUUCUCUGUACAGUAUCAAAGGAAUUGUGAUUCUUGAUCAGGAUGGAAACCGUGUUCUUGCCAAGUACUACGACCGUACAACCUUUGGAACUGUCAAGGAGCAAAAAGCUUUCGAGAAAAGUCUCUUCUCGAAAACUUCCCGCAACACUUCAGCCGAUAUCCUGCUUCUCGACGGAGUGACUUGCUUGUACCGCUCGAACGUUGAUCUGUACUUCUACGUGCUCGGAUCGACCCGCGAGAAUGAGCUUUUCCUCGACGCAACUCUCACCUGUCUCUACGAUGCUGUGUCUGUCGUUCUUCGCAAAAACGUCGAGAAGAAGGCUCUCAUCGAUUCCAUGGACACUAUCAUGCUGAUUAUUGACGAAAUCUGUGAUGAAGGAAUUAUCAUGGAAACUGACGCCCAGGCUGUCGUCCAAAGAACCGCUCUCAAAUCCGACGAAGUCUCAUUCUCCGAUCAAUCCGUAUCACAAAUCGGCUUCUCGUUCAUGAAAUCUGCCAACGAGCAGUUCAAAUGGUCUCUUCUCAAGUAAAUGGAAUUCUAUAAAUUAUUUAAUUUAAAAUGUGAUAUUUAUAAUCUCUCCAAUACUCUUUUGUGAAUUAAAAUGAAUAAACCUCGGAUAAAAUGGUGUUUUCAU